GAAAACUUUGGGGUCUGCAAAAUAAUUAGCCACCGCUUUUCAAAGCUCGGUUAACGGACAUUACCAGGAUUUUGGUGAAGCCAUGAACAUCUGUCUGUCCUCCCCCGCCAAAUUCUCACCUUUACGUCCGUCGUCUCGGGUCCUCAUCCCUUCCUCCCCAAAACAACCCUCGCCGUCCCUCUCACUUCAACCGCCCUCCAAUCCCCAGCCUCUCAACAGCCGCCUGAUCACCGCCCACCUCGAUGCGGGCCGCCUCCGGGAAGCGAUUUCUGCCCUGGAUUCCAUGGCCUGGAGCGGGUCCUACCCCGACCUUGUCACCUACGCUCUCCUCCUCAAGUCCUGCAUCCGCUGUCGCGAGUUCCAUCUUGGCAGGCAUGUUCGCAGGCGGCUCGAGGAGUCCGGAAUCGAGCCUGACUCGGUCGUCCUCAACUCGCUUAUCAGCCUCCACUCCAAAUCGAACGACUGGGAAGAGGCCGAGGAGGUCUUCUGGAGCAUGGGGAGUGACAAGAGGGAUUUGGUUUCUUGGAGUGCUAUGAUCUCGUGCUACGCCACCAACAACAAGGAGAUGGAAGCAAUCGCGCUGUUUCUUGAUAUGCUGCAAGAGGGUUUCUCUCCCAACGAGUACUGCUACACGGCAGUGAUUCGGGCGUGUUCAACUGCUAAAACCGCCCGGAUUGGUGAUGCUAUUUUUGGUUUUCUGAUGAAAGAUGGUUAUUUCGAUUCCGAUGCCUGUGUUGGGUGUGCCUUGAUUGAUAUGUUCGUUAAGGGACGAGGGGAUCUGCGGUCUUCCCUCAAGGUGUUUAACAAAAUGUCUGAGAGAAACGUAGUUGCUUGGACACAGAUAAUUACUAGGUGUACAGAGCUGGGUCACCCUGAAGAAGCUGUAAAUCUGUUUGUAGACAUGCUAUUGGAAGGAUGCAUACCGGACAAGUUUACGAUCAGUGCUGUUGUCUCGGCUUGUUCAGAUUUGGGCCUUCUACCACUUGGGUUGCAAUUGCAUUCUUGGGCCAUGAGAUCAGGACUGCACUCUGAUGUUUGUGUUGGCUGUUGCUUGGUGGACAUGUACCGUAAGUGUGGUGCAUGCGGGUCGCUUAGUGAUUCAAGAAAGGUGUUUGAUCAGAUGCCCAGUCACAAUGUAAUGUCUUGGACAGCAGUUAUCACAGGAUAUGCUCAAUGUGACGGAAGUAAGGAAGCUGUCGAACUAUUCUUAGAAAUGAUUCGAGGUCCCAUAAGGCCAAAUCAUUUCACAUUUGCUAGUGUUCUCAAGGCAUGUGCUAGUUCUAUCAAUGUUGAAACUGGUGUGCAGGUAUAUGCUCACACGGUGAAGUUAGGAUUAUCAACCGAUAAUUGUGUGGGGAAUUCCCUUGUUAGCAUGUUUGCCCGCUCAGGAAGGACGGAAGAUGCCCGAAAGGCAUUUGAGUCGCUUUUCGAUAGGAAUAUGGUGUCUUAUAAUACGAUCCUUGAUGCGUAUUCCAAGAAUUUGAAUUCUGAAGAAGCCUUUUCGCUGUUUCAUGAAAUUGAGAGUAUGGGAAUGGGCCCUGAUGCUUACACAUUUGCAAGCCUCUUGAGUGGGGCUGCCAGUGUUGGUGCAAUCAGUAAGGGAGAACUAAUCCAUGGUCGGAUUGUAAAAUCAGGGCUCCAUUUCAAUGAGUGCGUUUGUAACGCUCUGAUCUCUAUGUACUCAAAAUGCGGAAACGUAGAAGCUGCCUUUCGAGUAUUCGACCGAAUGGGAGAUAAGAAGAAUGUAAUUUCCUGGACAUCAAUGAUAAUGGGGUUUGCAAAACACGGGUUCAGUGAGAGAGCUUUGGAGACAUUCCGAGAGAUGAUUGAAUUAGGUAUGAGGCCAAAUGAGAUCACUUCCGUUGCAGUUUUAUCUGCAUGUAGCCAUGGGGGUUUGGCCUCCAAGGGAAGGAUGUAUUUUGAGUCAAUGCAGAAAGAUCAUGGAAUCACUCCGAGGAUGGAGCACUAUGCUUGCAUGGUCGAUUUACUGGGCCGAUCGGGUUCGCUCGUUGAAGCGUUCGAGUUUAUCUCUUCGAUGCCUUUUGAGGCCAAUGAGUUAGUCUGGCGAACAUUUCUUGGAGCUUGUCGGAUCCAUGGGAAUGUAGAGCUCGGUAAAAAGGCUGCAGGUAUGAUUCUUCAGAAAGACCCAAGUGAUCCCGCAGCUUAUAUUCUGCUGGCAAACUUGUAUGCUUCCUCAGGUCGAUGGGAAGAUAUGGCAGAAAUCAGAAAGAAGAUGAAGCUGAAGAAUCUGACCAAAGAAGCAGGUUGUAGUUGGAUAGAGGUGAAAGACACAAUAUUCAAAUUCCAUGUCGGUGACUCUUCACACCCUCAAGCUCGGGAGAUUUUCAAUGAGCUCGAUCGGCUAAAUACCAAAAUAAAGAAACUGGGUUAUGUUCCAAAUACCGAUUUCUUUCUUCAUGAUGUGGAGGAGGAACAGAAGGAGCAGUACUUGUUCCAACAUAGCGAGAAACUAGCAGUUGCUUUUGGGCUUAUAAGCACUCCGAGGCCGAAACCGAUCAGGGUGUUCAAGAACCUCCGUGUCUGCGGAGAUUGCCACUCUGCAAUCAAGUACAUAUCAAUGGCUACUGAUAGGGAGAUCGUGGUUAGAGAUGCAAACCGAUUCCACCAUUUCAAGGACGGGAAAUGCUCCUGCAACGAUUACUGGUGAUGAUAAUUAUGAUCCCCAUGUUAAUUACAAUCAGCCGUACCAAUUUUUAUUCAGCCAAAAAAGCAGUACCAAUUUCCUGAGCUUGGAAACAGGCUUUGUAUCAUAUUGGAGGAUGCGGAUAAUAUUCAAAUGCGUCAAGUAGUAAUGAGCUUCCGGGAAGAUGAGUAGUCUCCGUGCUAUCUAGUCGAUUAAUAGACUUGCAUUUGCAAUCA